AUGAAUAAAUUAAAAGAUAAAAAAAAGGGCUCCGCAAAUCCAGACUAUCCUCCAAAGAAAGAAAAAAAGGAAGUGCACACAAAAAGAAAUAGCAAAAAUAGCAGCAUAAACAAUAGCAACAGCAACAACAGCUGCAGUAACAAUAACAACAGCAACAACAGCAGCGGAAAUUCGUUUGUGAAGGCGAGCAAAAAUGGAACUGCUGGAGAGGAGGACAACAUAAUUAACAAAAUAAAGGAGCUGAAUUUAGUUCUGCUCCAAAAUAAGGAUGAAAUAGAUAGCCUUCGGCAGGAGAACGAGGCCUUUUCCUCCCAGAUCGCCAACUUCGUGAAAAAGUGCAAAGAACUGCAGUGCAUAUGCAGCGAGAGGGAAAAGGACAUCGCGAAAUUAAAGCAAAAUGAAAAAUGCCUCGUGCAGGAAAUAAGCAGACGGAAAAAGGAAAAGGGAGAACUGGAGGAUAAAAUAAACAAACUGGAACAGGAAGGGACAAGCAAAAGUAAGCACAUCUCUAAAGUGGAAUGCGAAAAAGACAAUCUGAUGAAAGAGCUACAAGAAAGAGACAAACAAAUAAAUAUUUUUCACGCAAACAUAAAAAAACUGGAGGGACAAAUCACACUUCUGCGGAACGAAAAUGUAAAAAAUAAACAGGACGUAAGCAAUAAUUUAAAAAAACAAGAUGAAAUAAAUGAACAUAUAAACACGAAGGACAGCAAAAUUACGGCACUGGAAGAAAAGACGCAAAAAUUGAACAAAGUUGUAAGGGACAAAAUCGAAGAAAACGAAAACUGUAAAAAAAAAAUACAACAACAGAGUGCCAAAAUAGCUCACCUGAAUGAUAAAAUACAAAUCUUAGAAAAGGAACAAAAAAAUAAUAAAGAAAAAAUUAAAAAAUAUACAGAUAGCAUUAAAAGUUUAAAAAAAAAUAACCAUAAGAUGGAUGAACGGAGUAGGGAAAGCCAAAUGGAGGAACAACGGAAGGAACUUGAGGAUGCCAUAUUUAACUCCCAAGUUUAUAAAUUGAGCAAAAAAAUGGGUACGCGCAAAAAAAGUGUCAAUUCUAAGAACCGUAGUGAUAAUAACCCUCUUAACAGCGACAGCAGUGCAAGCAGUAGCUGCGGCGGAAGCAGCGAUGGGGAAAUCGUCAGCUUUUCCAGGAAAUACAAUUUGAGUAAAAAUAUGAGCAAGAGGGGGGACACAACAGGGAAAAAAAUGAAAUGA